GAGCCUCACCCUUCUAAUCAAUAUUCGAUCUUGGGCAUGCGCCAACCUCAAUACAAGUCCUAGCUCAGCUUGAAAACAAGCACCUAACGCGUCUUCAUGUCCUUCUCAGCGCGCUGCCGGUCCUGCGCAUCCGUCCUGCGGCGCGGCGACCUCUCGCUCCAUACCCGCAAUUUCGCAUCAACGUCAGCAGCAGGUGCAGCGACCAUUGCGCGAGUCAAGCCGAUACCUCAACCGCGGGAUGGCAUCGAUACUCCAAGUGCCUUCCUUGCCGCCAUCUCUCGAGCACCCCGGAGAGAUCUGGCAUCGGACUCGAACAUCGCGACAGCGCUAGGCGAGGACUGGUCUGAGAUGUUCAAGCUCCGCGGCGACGAUCUGAAGAAGAAAGGCGUGUCCGUGGCGGAACGGAGAUAUUUGCUAUGGGCGCUGGAGAGGUUCCGGCAAGGGCAGGAUCCGAAGAAGUUUGCCUAUCAGCCAAAGCCGAAGAAAUUAGUCAGAGGAUGGGGAGCUCGAGUUCAAAAGGGCACUCGUGUCAGCGGCCGUCAAAGGCCCGGCGAGAAGUGAGAGAACACACCUUCCUUACAGGGUAGUGCUUUCUUUUGCUCUCUUGCAACAAUUGGCGACUUCUGUGUGGAGAUACUGCAAUUCUUAUCUGUGUUACACGAAGAAUAUCCGAACGAAAUGAUGUGCAAGAGAAUCCCCUAACGAGCGCCCCAGAAGUCCAAAAUCCAUACAUGUCAGAUGUGCCGAAGGGCGAUUAUGGAUGGAAGUGUAGAUGGAGCCGGCUCAGUACCCGUGGUACCGCGGCUCCGAAUACGAGUGCUGAUUCCCAUAGUGAACGAUGUAACCUCCCGACAGCGACG